GAGAGCAGACGCUGCUCAACGAUUUUAUACGAGUCGCGUUCAGGCGACCCGCUUGUAGUUUGGACCGGAGUUCGUGUGAAGUUUCCGUGACUUUUUUUUAAUUUAAUUUAUUUUUAUUAAAACCACUUGUGGAGCUAGAAUGGCAUCAAGAGGGAGCUUCGGAGCUCCCCAGAUGAAUCCGAAUUUGAACCCCAUGAAUGUUGGCCAUGUCUCGGGCAUGAGGAUGCCGCAGCCCCCGGCGGGUUACCACCGGAGCAUGAACACCGCUCCCCAGUUCCCCCAGCGUCCUGGGAUGCCACCCGGCAGAGUCGGGGGCCCCAUGGGGUCAAUGGGGGGUCAGUUGCCUGGUCCUUCCUACGGCGGUGGCAACAUUCCUAUGCGGCCAGGAAUGGGACCUCCAAGCAUGGAUGCCUCGAGGAAACGGUUUCUUCAUCUGCAGCAGCAGGAGACGCUGGGAGGCCUGAGGCGAGGAGCAAAACGACGCAAGAUGGCUGACAAGGUUCUGCCUCAGAGAAUACGAGACUUGGUUCCAGAAUCCCAGGCCUACAUGGACCUUCUGGUCUUUGAGAGGAAGCUGGAUCAGACCAUCGCUCGGAAGCGCAUGGAGAUUCAGGAAGCCAUUAAGAAGCCCAUCAUGCAAAAGCGCAAACUUAGGAUCUACAUUUCCAACACUUUCACUCCCAGCAAGCCCGAGGGUGAGGAGGCAGAGAAAGUGGCCUCCUGGGAGCUGAGAGUCGAAGGCAAGCUCCUGGAAGAGCCCGGCAAGCAGAAGAAGAAGUUCUCGUCCUUCUUCAAAAGUCUUGUGAUCGAGCUCGAUAAGGAGCUUUAUGGACCAGACAAUCACUUAGUGGAGUGGCACAGAAUGCCCACCACUCAGGAGACCGAUGGUUUCCAGGUGAAAAGGCCGGGCGACGUGAACGUCAAGUGCACUCUUCUGCUCAUGCUCGACCAUCAGCCUCCCCAGUACAAACUGGACCCGCGCUUGGCCCGUCUCCUGGGUGUGCACACGCAGACUCGGGCCAGCAUCAUGCAGGCCCUUUGGCUCUACAUCAAGAACAACAAGCUGCAGGACAGCCACGAGAAGGAGUACAUCAACUGCAACCGCUACUUCAGACAGAUCUUCGGCUGUCCACGCAUGCGGUUCUCUGAGAUUCCCAUGAAACUGGCGGGCCUCCUGCAGCACCCUGACCCCAUCAUCAUCAAUCACAUCAUCAGUGUGGACCCCACAGACCAGAAGAAGACGGCCUGUUACGAUAUCGACGUGGAGGUGGACGACCCUCUGAAAGGUCAGAUGAACAGCUUCCUGUCCUCCACCACCAACCAACAGGAAAUUGCUGCACUUGAGAUGAAGAUUCAUGAAACGAUUGAGUACAUUAACCAGCUGAAGACUGAGAGAGACUUCAUGCUGAGCUUCAGCAACAACCCCCAGGAGUUCAUCAAAGACUGGCUCAAGUCUCAGUGCAGAGACCUGAAGCUGAUGACGGAUGUGACCGGAAACCCCGAGGAGGAGAGGAGGACCGAGUUCUACCAGGAAGCCUGGGUCCCAGAGGCAGUGGGACGCUACGUCUACUCCAAAGUGCAGCAGAGAAGACAGGAGUUGGAGCAGGUGUUGGGGAUCCGACUCACCUAAAGGCAAAUCCCAGAAGAGCCUCGUCAGAGUUAACUGGUCGAAUGUUAACGUGCGAUUGUUAGAAACUGGAAUG